GAAAACAACACUGUCUUUUCUAUUGAAGGCAAGGGCUUGAAGCUCAAUACUGCUGAAGAUGUCAAGCUAUUCUGUGAUACAAUCUCGCGCAUGGACAACCUUCAAAAGAUCAUCCUCAGUGGAAACACAAUUGGUGUCGAGGCCGGUAAAGCACUUGCUGCUGCAUUGAGCACCAGAAAGACCUUAAAGGUUGCCAUUCUCUCUGAUAUUUUCACCGGCCGUCUAUUGUCUGAAAUUCCUGCCGUUCUUAAGGCCUUGUGUGAUGCUCUUGAAAAGACCCAGUUGACUGAACUUGAUCUUUCAGACAACGCGUUUGGUCCUGCUGGUGCCGAACCAUUGAUCGAAUUUAUCGCUCACUCCAAAACCCUUCAAACCUUGCGUCUCAACAACAACGGCCUUGGAAUUGGCGGCGGAUUGAUGAUCGCCCGAGCUCUCCAGGCUUCAGCUGAUCAAGCUCGUCUCGAAAACCGCCCUUCUUCCCUUCGCACAAUCAUCUGUGGUCGCAACCGUCUCGAGAACGGAUCUUCUCAGGCACUCGCAAAUGCCUUUGCCGCACACGCCACUCUUGAGACCGUUCGUAUGCCCCAGAACGGAAUCCGUCCUGAAGGAAUCGAGAUUCUGAUGGGUGGACUUGUCCAGUGCAAGAACUUGCGCCAUCUGGAUCUCCAGGACAACACAUUUACUGCAAAGGGAAGUCGUGCCCUGGCAUCAGCCUUGGUUGAAUGGCCUCUUUUAGAGGUACUCAACGUCGGUGAUUGUUUGCUGUCAAAGAAAGGUGGUUUGGAAGUCGCUACUUCUCUCAACCGCGGUAACAACACCGGCCUGACCCACCUCCACCUCCAAUACAACGAGAUCCAAGCCAAUGCAAUCGAAGUCCUUGCCAAGGCUAUCCGAUCCCAUCUCAAGGACCUUGUUCACCUCGAACUCAACGGUAACCGAUUCGAUGCAGAAGAAAAGGAAUUAGAAACUCUUGUCGAGGCUCUCAAGGAGUGGGACCACGAAGAGGCCCUGGAUGAGUUGGAUGAUAUGGAGGAACUUGACAGUGACGACGAAGAGGAGGAUGAUUCUGAGGAUGAGUUGGUUGAAGAGGCAGAAAAGGCCGAAGACUCUGAACCUGCUGUCAAGGGAGAUGACAAGAAGGAAGAAGAAGAUUUGGUAAAGAAGUUGGAAAAGACCCACAUC